AUGAAGCUGAACGACGCCUUGUGGGCAUACAGAACCGCCUAUAAGACAUCUAUAGGCAUGUCCUCAUAUGCGCUGGUGUUUGGAAAGGCAUGCCACUUACCGCUUGAGUUGGAGCAUAGAGCAAUGUGGGUAGUGAAAAAGUUCAAUUUUGAUUUAAAGGCCACAGGGGACGCAAGGAAACUUCAGUUGGUUGAGCUUGAUGAAUGGAGAACUCAAGCAUAUGAGAAUGCCAAAAUUUACAAGGAGCAAGUAAAACGUUGGCAUGACAAACAACUAUGCGAGAAGAAUCUCCAAGUCGGACAGAAGGUUUUGUUGUAA